GAGCGAGAGAGAGAGUGAGAGAGCGAGCGAGUGAGAGAGAGUGAGAGAGUGAGAGAUGUUGGGGGUGUGUCUGUCCGUCCUAUUGCUCCUCCCCCUGGCCUCGUCCAUCCCCUCCCCCUCCAGACCUCCCCCAAGACUAUGCAGACGAUGCUGCGACCCCCUGCAGCCCCCAGAAUCCUCUGCUGCACGCCCUGCCAACCACGCCGCCGCCACGCCAGAGGUCCACACCUACAUCAACAUGACCAUACUCAAAGGUGAUAAAGGCGACAGAGGAGAUAAAGGCAUGCCAGGGAAAAACGGUAAAGAAGGUCCCCAUGGUUACCGGGGUCCCAUGGGUCCUCAAGGGACUAAGGGCCAAGUGGGCGCCCCGGGAGAUGCCUGUAAGUCGCAGCACUCCUCCUUCUCUGUAGGGAGACGUAAAUCCCUCCACAGUAUAGACUACUACCAGGCCCUGGUGUUUGACACGGUGUUCGUCAACCUCUACGAGCACUUCAACAUGUUCAAAGGUAAAUUCUACUGCUUCGUCCCAGGUAUCUACUUCUUCAACGUGAACAUUCACACGUGGAACUUCAAGGAGACCUACCUCCACCUGAUGCACAACGACAAGGAGCAGGUGAUCCUGUACGCCCAGCCCAGUGAGAGGUCCAUCAUGCAGAGUCAGAGUGUUAUGAUGGACCUGGCGCUGAACGACGAGGUCUGGGUCAGGCUCUACAAGAGGGAGAGGGAGAACGCCGUCUAUAGUGAUGACGUGGAUGUCUAUAUUACCUUUAAUGGAUACCUGGUUGCGCCUAGUGUCCAGUGAUCAGAGUGGAGGAAGAGGGGGAGGAAACUCUGUGUUGGAUUUUGGUUGUUUUAUCAUGCCUAAAGUUCAGUGAUGAAAAAGGAGGAAAGAAGAGAGGGAACUUGCGCCGGUGUUGGAUUUUAGAUUUUGCUUGUGCCUAUAUUGCCUUCAGUGCUCACCAAAUUCAAAUGGAAUCUGGUUUGAUUUUGGUUGUCCCUUUGCAGUGCCUUCAGUGCUCACCAAAUGGAAACUCUGGGUUGAUUUUGAUUGUUCCUUUGUGGUGCUUUCAGUGCUCACCAAAUGUAAACUCUGUGUUAGAUUUUGUUUGUCCUUCCGUUGUGCCUAAAGCAGCCAAUGAUACAAAUGACCUGCACACACGUUUUCCUCUGCCUUACGAUGUAUUCCUCUCAGGUACUUUGAAUGGGGAGGGUUGUGGGCUGCAUCACUAUGCAGUGUUGUGUAGUCCCAGUCCCAGUGUUGUGUAGUCCUAGUCCCACCAAAAAGACAUAUUUUCAAUGUCUUUUCAGUGUCUUUUCAACAUCUUUUGAUCAUAGGCUGGUUUUGGGACUAGACUUGAAUGGACCCUGCAUUGAACUGUUGCUAUGGUGACCUCGAGGAAAGCUUUAAAAGUGGAAAAGGAGAAAAUGCCAGCCAUAUCAAAUGAAAAUAUAGAGAUUGUUGAGUAAGUAAUGCAAGAUUGUAUUGAUAUAUAUAUUAAUAACUCAGUGUUAUGUGUUUUUAUAGAGAUUUACUUUCAGCUGCAGAGCAGCUUGUAACAUGUAAAUAUUUGUAUAGAUUUUUGUUACCUAAAACGUUUUGUCACUAGCCUGGG